CACACACACACACACACACACACUCAGACUUAUUGUGUUUCGCUUUGACCUGUCAGGUGUGAUCUCUUCAUUAGUAUUCAUGUAAGAGGAAGAUUGCUGCAGAUAUGACGGAUGGUAUUUGGAGAGAGAGGAAUGGAGAGAAUGAGAGAAAGCGACUGGGAAAACGAAAGGCCAAGAGAUUGUGAGGAGAUAUGGAGAAGUGGCAUUUCUACACCUUCAACAAUUUUGUGUUCCUGAGAGGAAAACCGGAACAGCACACUACUGAGACAUAGAGACAGAUAUAUACACACACCGCCCCGACCUAUGGGGAGAGAGACGGAGUGACUGAGACACACACUCACCUGGCUUGGCAAUGGAUACACCUGCCUCACCAGAUGUUUAAUGGACUUUGAUCUGAAAUAGGUUCUCCUGUAGCAGAGAAAGUUCUCUCAGUGUUCCAUCGCUGUUCUUUGGGUGCCUCUGUACCCCAGCGUGUACUCACCACUAUUGACAGCUGAGGUGUCACAGCUUGGUGCUUCUGAGAGAGUGUGAGGAAGUCCUCUUGCUCAGAGGGAGAGAGUGUGUGUGUGUGUGUGUGUGUGUGGGUCUGUCAUCUGCUGGUAGGUGUCGUGCCCCGCCUCACCCCACACACUCAAAGCUGGCGAUGUCCAGGGUCCCGAGUCCGCCCCCUCCCGCUGAGAUGACCAGCGGCCCCGUGGCUGAGAGCUGGUGUUACACACAGAUCAAAGUAGUGAAGUUCUCCUAUAUGUGGACCAUCAACAACUUCAGCUUCUGUCGGGAGGAGAUGGGCGAGGUCAUCAAAAGCUCCACCUUCUCCUCGGGAGCAAACGACAAACUCAAAUGGUGUUUGCGGGUGAAUCCGAAAGGAUUGGAUGAAGAGAGUAAAGAUUACUUGUCCCUCUAUUUGCUCCUGGUAAGCUGUCCCAAGAGUGAAGUGCGUGCAAAGUUUAAGUUCUCCAUCCUCAAUGCUAAGGGCGAGGAGACCAAAGCCAUGGAGAGUCAGCGGGCCUACAGAUUCGUGCAAGGCAAAGACUGGGGCUUCAAGAAGUUUAUAAGGAGGGACUUCCUGCUGGAUGAGGCCAAUGGGCUGCUACCUGACGACAAACUGACACUAUUCUGUGAGGUCAGCGUGGUGCAGGACUCGGUGAACAUCUCUGGACAGAACACGAUGAACAUGGUGAAGGUUCCGGACUGCAGACUGGCUGAUGAGCUGGGUGGGUUGUGGGAACAUUCUCGCUUCACAGACUGUUCACUCUGCGUCGCUGGCCAGGAGUUUCAGGCACACAAAGCAAUCCUAGCAGCUCGUUCUCCUGUUUUCAGCGCCAUGUUCGAGCAUGAAAUGGAGGAGAGCAAAAAGAACCGAGUGGAGAUUAAUGACGUGGAGCCCGAAGUGUUUAAGGAGAUGAUGUGUUUUAUCUACACCGGGAAAGCACCCAACCUGGACAAGAUGGCCGAUGACCUGCUUGCUGCUGCUGACAAGUAUGCUCUGGAGCGCUUGAAGGUGAUGUGUGAAGACGCUCUGUGUACGAGUCUGUCUGUGGAGAACGCUGCUGAGAUCCUGAUUCUGGCUGACCUGCACAGUGCCGAUCAGCUCAAAACUCAAGCCGUCGACUUCAUCAACUACCAUGCAUCAGAUGUGAUGGAGACAUCUGGCUGGAAGUCCAUGGUGGCGUCUCACCCUCACCUGGUUGCGGAGGCAUACCGUUCCCUGGCGUCGGCCCAGUGCCCCUUCCUGGGCCCACCCCGAAAGCGCCUCAAACAGUCAUAGUGCCCUUAGCUUUAAACCACCCACCCCCCUUGACAGGACUGCCCACAUGGAGGCGCCAUUCUUAAAUUUACCCCUUAACUUCUAAAUAUACUCCCUGUAGGGACUCUAGCCAACCCUUGAUCCCGAGGUACUGUGUUCUGUAGCGUCCCUCCCUGUCCUCCUCAACGUCCUCAGCCCAAUAACCCAGGUGCGCCAGGGAACCUCCAGCAGAACGAUCAUCAAUAGAGGCAGUGCUGUACCCGAGGGUUCCUCCCAGCUCUGCUCCCUCCUCGACUCCCCAACUGCCCAGCCUAACCAGGAUAAGCGAGCUUUCAUUGGGAUCCUGGAGACGAUGGUGUCUACAGAUUGGAUGAAUGGAUGGGCAAGAUGGAUGGUGACUACAAAUACAGGACACAAGGACACUAUCGGUGGACUGUGACCUUCCCCACUGUCCCCUGCGAUGGAUUCUCCUUUACCGUGUGCGUCAUUUGUUCCCUUUCUCAGUGACAGACGGAUUUUAGGAUGAGAAAAACAACCCAGCUAUUUUUGGGGAACUGCAGCGCUUUUAAAUAGGUAGCUUGUCUCCUUAUGAUGACAUCAGCAUUUCGUUCAGAUGUUCAAGUAGGUCAUGUGUCUCUUUUUGAUGACAUUUUUCCCCUCAACCUGUCGCAAGUGUAAGAUCCUGAAGAAAGUGACUUUUACCAAACCUUUCUUGCUGGCGUCCUCUGACCCGACUCCUGAUUGGCCAGUUGGAGGAUAAGAGGCGCAGGUGGACUUCCUGUACAUCUCCUGUGUAUUGGAGAGUGCGUGAUGGCACAGAUUGAUGGAAGAGGGUUGAAAGAAGGGGAGUGUGUAAAUACGAGGUUAUAUUUCUUUUGAUGUUUAUUUGAGAUUUUCUCCUCCUUGUAGCACUUCUGUAUUUAAACCCAGGCUUUCUGUAUGAAAACAAAAACUACAAAAAAAAAAAGAUAAUAAACUUGGCUGUGCUCA